AUGAAGGUAAAGGUUAUGAGAGAGCUGUGUCUCCUGGCCGCUGCUGUCUCUGUGGCCGGCUGGGAUCACCUGAACGAACAUGAGUUCUUGAGGACCGUCGGAGGACACAACCAGGCUCUGAUCGCGUUUGUGGAGCCUUCCACGACCGCAAGCCAAGCUCUCGAACCCGAAUGGAGCUCGAUCUCGGUAUCGGAAAAGACCUUGGGCAGCGUGGACUGUACAUCGCAAAUCCAGCUAUGCAAGGACUAUGAUAUCAUCUCGUACCCAAGUAUAAGAUAUUUUGACGGGCACGGCAAGAUGACCCCGUACCGAGGACCAAGGACCGGCCCCUUGUAUGCUUUGAUCGCUCCGUGCAGUUCUAGCGCCCGUGCUUACAUUUCCUUUAGCAUUGUCUCUUUCCUGAGGCGUGCAUCUAGACCAACAGUGACGCUUCUAGAUGAAAGGAAGAUAACUGCAUUCCAAUCGAUAGAUGAUGCCGUGGUUGUGGCUCAUCUCAAUGCUCGAGAUACACACAUACAAGAAGCCUUCAAAUCGCUAGCAUCGCGCUUCAAGGAUCGAGCUUCCUUCGGAUCGCUAGAAACCACCGAGCAGACCACGAUCGUGUGCUACAACAACCGCGACAAUGAGCAGUCUACAACGUCCGACCUUGCUGCGAUCGACUCGCUGCCGUCAUUUGUCAGCGCUUGUAUGACACCCUUGAUCGGGGAGUUCUCAAGGCGGAAUGAAGUCAAGUACUUUCAGUCCGGCAAAUCGCUAGUCUAUUUUUUCGCGGAGACACGGGAGGAACGCGAGGCCUACGUCAACGUGAUAAAACCGAUUGCCAAGAAGUACAAAGAGUUUCUGUCCUUUGUCACUGUCGAUGCAGACGAAUACAGAUCAAUGACCUCGCCUCUGGGACUACCGUCAGGGUUGUUUCCAGCUUUGGCUGUCCAGAACCCCACGCGAGGCCAAGUGUUUCCAUUUACUGAAGAGCACAUUACAGUGGAGGCUGUCGACAACUUCGUAAUGGACAUUGCAGGUGGCAAAGUAAAGCCUUGGACUUCGCUGCCUGUGCCAGACCGGUCAAGCCAUGCCCACGAUGAGCUCUAA